ACCGGACACUUCGCACUCUGGGCACGAAUACACACACUCGCCGGCGUGACCCAUGUGCGCGCAUUUGAACAUGUGGUCGUGGUUGCAAUGUGCGCAGCACGGAUCUCGCUCGCUUUCGCUACCGAGCGGCUCUAGAGUAUCAUGAGAUGCCAUGGUCACGCACUCCAGCUCGAGGCAAUCUCCGCACGCCGUGCAUGCACCGCGCACGACAUACACAUCUCGCAACGGCAGGAACUCGGCGCUUGCUGAGACCCAGCUAUGCGGAUGCGUGCUCGGUGUGGGCUGUGCAGACAUGGCCGGCGCGUGCCAGCCGGGCACUCGGUGAUAGUAGGGGAACGUCACGAGCUCGUGCAGCUGCUCCGAGCUGAACUCAGCGACGUCAUGCAGGUUGAGCUCGUGAAGCAUCCGUUGCGCGUCUUUGAUCGACGGCUCGUCGGGCAGCCUGGCUGUCGAGACGUCUAGCUCGGGCGAUGACUCUGGAUGCGGCGGCAGCAGCCGCACCCACGAGCCGACGCGCACCUGCACGGCUAUGUGACUCUUAGCUCGUGACUUAUGACUCAAGCUGCUCAUGACUCAAGCUGCUCGUGUCCCACGCACCUCGCCACCCGCCAUCGCCUCGACGGUCGCCGGCG